AUGAAGACGAGAAUACUACUAUCCUCCCUCUUUCUCACCGGGACUUUCUACGCCCAGUCUGCGUAUGGCCUUCCAAAUGACACCUCUCCCAACCUAGCUCCCCGUCGACAGCUCCCUCGCGACCCGGGCAACUUUUACUGGGUCAAGAAAUGGGCAGCCGUCGGAGACAGCUACACCGCGGGCAUCGGCUCGGGCAAUCCGUUAGGCAAGGCCUUCCUAACAUUUGCUGGGGAUGAGGAUUACCAGUGCUCUCGCUACGAUACCUCGUACCCGAUGAUUCUAAAGGACGAGCUGGGUGGAUCCGAUUUCCAGUUCGCUGCGUGUAGUGGAGACCGCACCGGUAAUAUCUAUCAGCAGAUCAAAAAUCUUGACGGCGAUCUGGAUCUAGUCAUUAUGACAGCAGGCGGCAAUGAUUUAUGCCUGAGCUCACUCAUCCUGAAAUGUGUUUUCUCACCCUACAACGAGGACUCCUGCAAUGAUGUCCUCAACAUCGCCCAAGACAAUCUGGACCAGAUCAUCGAGGACAACUUCAAGCUCCUCCUUGACGCCCUCGAUGACAAGAUGGCCGAGACCAGCAUCGUAGUCUUCAAUGGCUAUGCGCAAUUCUUUAACACCGAAAAUGAAGACUGCGCUGAAAACGAAGACUGGACCCUGUGGACACCACCCAACAAUCCCACGCCGAUGACUAUGACCGUCAAGCGGCGCAAAAGGUUCAACGACCUCGUCGUCCAGCUCAACGACAUCAUCCGCAAGGUGGUCAAUGAUGCCCGCAAAGCCGAUAAGUACAAGUACAAGAUUGGCUUUAGCAACUGGGAUCCCUGGCCGUCGAAGUAUGUGCGGGGCCAGUACUGCGAUCCGUCCUCGUCCGGCGAGUACCCAGAUGAAGAUGUGCCAGAUCUGCAGUUCUUCAAGCCUAGCACCAUUCCGUUCCUAGGGACGACGGGUGAUGGAAUGGUUAAGGUCGCGGAUCUGAACGAGACUGAACGGAUAAAGGCCCGAAUGCAAGAGAGUGAUGAGAUGCUGACCCACUCUGCGAGCUUCCGUCGGACGAGAAACCCUUUGCAUAUGGUGCACCGCCGGUUAGCUGGGGAUGGUCCCGCGCCUGCCAACUGCCCUGGGGACAAGGACGGCGAGCUCCAGGAGUCAGGGGGCGGAUGGAUUCCCGAUGACAUUGGGAAGAACUUCCAUCCGAAUGAGCUGGGCCAUUACACAAUUGCGUCGUGGGCGCUGCAGACGGCCAUUGACGUGCGGGCCGAGUGGCUGGGCUUUGAUCCGCCCUCGUGCGAGAUGGUGGACGAGUUUGAAUGCUAUGGGUCCGACGAUAGCCGGAGGGCGUAUGCAAGCGAACCCCGCCUCAAUGAGAAAUUGAAGGACUUUUGCGACGACGUGGAGGAUAACCAUCCCGAGGAGAAGGGAUGGUCCUGGUCCAAAAAAUACGACGAGGGAACACCAGACGAGACCGAGUUCAAGAUGCAGUUGGAGGACACCACGGACUCGUUCGACCACGAUACGUGCGUAGAGAGCAUGCAGCGGAUCGUGAACGGAUGCGAUGGCGAUGACCCAGAUAACCCGAUGGACUGGAAGUUUGGGGGGAGCUGGAGACGCGGCGAUCACACGUACAUUGUUACUCCGCAGCGGGAUAACCGGCCAUGGCCUAAGGAUGGCGACGACGGAGGAAGAAAGCGGUCUUCAAAUAAUCGAAAGAGAGACGACGAUGGCGGUCCCAUUCAAGAGCCGUAUGGCAAGUGUGACGGCGGGUACAAGGUGUUCUUCAGCUCGUAUACGAUCUAUGGUGCCGGCUGGGCCAAUUGGGACUAUGGCCAGGACUCAUUCCUGGGGGCGGCCAAGGAUUGUGUCGGAGGGGGUAUCAGCGAUUGGAACUUUGAAUACUUUGAUGAGCCUGAUGAUGACGGCUACGAGUGGAAGGUUACCUUCAAGACGCCCAUCUGGGUCAACGCGCGGUGCUUUGAUAAUAACAAGGUGGUGGAGCAGGCAGGGGGGUUCACUGAUGGCUGUAGUGGAACUGGAUAG